AAAACACAUAAAACAGAUGACAGAUAGAGGCAUUUUGCUUAUACAAUUUCACUUUCAAACUUGCUAAAUGAUAUACUCCUCGGGUAGUACAGUAAUGGAAGGCUGCAGGAUAACCAUGUACAGCCAUCAGAUAACUGGAGUACCGCGGGACAAAACCCCAUCCGGUACAAACAGGAGUGCACAAGGCAUGAAACAUGAGUGCUCGCACCAACAGGAGUAUCGCGGGACACAACCCGGACCGAUACAAAAACAGGAGUCGCCACGGGAUUACCCCAGCCCGGCUAACUGAACAGAAUAGGAGUAUCGUGGGGGUUUACCCACAUCGAUACAAACAGGACACACUACUAUACCGAGGUAUCAUAAAGCCUUUUUACUUAUUCUUAUGUAUUCACCUCUUUCCAUUAAUAGUUCACUUAGACACUAUAGGCUCAAAAGCAUUCAUAGUGAUUUUGCACCCUCAGUCACCACAGAAUGGAAUGUAAGUUGAGGAGCUGACUCCGAGUUAUUCAAGCAGAAUAGGAUUAGUAAGCCUAAUGGCUGACUCCAAAUCUAAACAGAAAGGACGGGUUCGCAAGUUUGAAUACUUACUCAUAAUCCACACAAUAAAUCAACAAAAUGUCUUUCCAUAUCCCAUUCACAAUUCAUGCAUUUCCAACUUCAUACCAAAUGCAGAUAAUGAAUAAACACAAAUA